AAUUGCUACUGCUAGCAGUUAGCUACAGUUAGCUCGCUCGACGAACCACGAUAUUACACAAAGCGCCGCUCACGAUAUCAGCAGCUAAACUGCGAGCGGCAAACAAAUAGGGAAUUUUACGAGUUUAAAAUAUAUUUCAGGAAUUUAAAAUGCUGUGAAUUGCACGUAUCAUGACACAGCACGUACAUAUUAGGUUACCUUUCAACCAGGAAUUCAAACCUUCCUUCUUCUCCUUAUUGUUUAAUGGCGGGUGGCACCGGAGCGCUUUCGAGACCUUUCCUUUUACCGACUUCCGUUUCGUUUUCGCCUGCCUUUUGUCUUCUUCAUCCUCUGCAUUUUCCCGGACCACGACCGAAGCGCCACCCACAGUGCAGGAGGAUAGGGUCUUGUGAGAGUGACGAAACUCGAAGGAGAGACAACAACAGCUUGCAAAGAAGAGUUAGGAGGAGUCUUCCUGUUUUCACUCUGAGCAGCAACACCGUUAGUUAGUUCCCUCCAGCUUUUCUCUGGAUGGAGUAAAAGCACGUAGGCUUAUCUUCAAAUUAAAAACUUCAACACACAGCCUUUCAUCAUUCAAUGUCAACAGGUCGAUUCGCCUUCUCCUGACUUCAUCAACAACUUUAAUGAUGAAUCUGUCCGCGACAUUGGAGACGGAGGAGGAUCUCCUGACUUGUCUCCAAAUCAAGUUCUACCACCCUCAGCAGAGCUCUAAGGGUCUGUACGAGCUGCUGCCUCUGAGGAACAGGAGCAGACAUUCAGUCGACGACCCCAUCAAGCUGGGACGUGACGCCCAGGCCUGCACUUUCACCCUGGUCGAUAUCCGGGUGUCCCGCAAACAGCUGGCCCUCCACGCAUACCGCACGCCCCAGAGCCCGGAUCUGCUGUUCACCAUCCAGAGCUUGAGCCAGAAGGGGCGACUGUCCGUGAACGGCUGCGCCCUUGGCCACCUAGAAAGGAUGGACCUCCCGGACAAGGCCCUGGUCCGGUUCGGAGGGUAUGAGAUGCUGAUCAUCCGAGAGGCCGGCGAGGCCAAGGGGAGCUUCGAGGUGGAGUUUGAGGUGCUGGAGGUGCCCCCGUCCAGAGAGACGUGCAUGUGUGUGCCCACUUCCACAGCGGUCAUGGACACAGGAUCACGCGCGUUCAACAGUUACCCGGCUGAACUCACGGCACUUGGGCCCCUGGAGACUGAUGAGACUCUCAUGUAUCAUUCAUGACGAGCCACACUGCUCCGUGAAACGUUACUUUUUACUGUAUUGUCUUGCGUUUCAGUGCAAUACAAUCUGCUGUGUAGUUGUUACAUUAGAGUUCAAUAUAAGAUCCCUCUUUGUAAUGUGAAAUCCAAGUAUUAUUUUGCACCCUAUAUCUUACUCCAUGUAUACAGAUUCAAAAGCUGUGAUCUUAAUAUAACUUUUGUUUUAAGUGUAAACGGCUUAAAGAUAUUAUUAAAUGUAUUUACAUUUUCAACCUAUUUAACAUUAAAGUUUUUGGUACCAA